GGUGAUGCCUUGCACAAAGUUUUGGGGAAUGAAAAGCCUGGAAAAGUACAUGGAAUGGGCUUGCUUCCUGUUCCUAACCAAGUUUAUGGUCGAAAACCUCGUUAUCUCAAGAACAUCAAUAUGACCACAACAAAUGGUUCAUCACAUGAUGAAGAGGCUGAUGCUAGGGAGGAAAUAGCAAAGCUAAAGCAACGCAUAGAACAGCAAGACCAAAUCAUUGAUGCAUUAAGAAACAAAGAUGAAGUGUGUGGGACGAACAAAAUGGCAACGGAAAAUUUCCAAACCGUAGGUAAUGGUGAAUCUCAUCCAGAAGUACUACAUAAUAAUAAAAGAAAGAGAGUUCAUGCCAAUGGACCUGAUGCAAAACACAUAGUGGUCAAUCCCAGAGAUACAACAAUGAAGCAUCAUCUUGAAAAUGAGGGUUGCAAUAAAUUCUCAUAUCAAGUACCAUCAUCACCAGCCCAUGCUGUUUUUGAUAGAGAGAUGAGAAAGAGCAGGGAGAAUAUGGAUGGAAAUUUGACUAGAGUACACAAACAAAGCACUCAAGACAAGUCUGUAGUCCAUGUGUCCUCUAAGCAGAAACGUAGUCCUUCCAUGGAGGUUGGCACAAAAGUGAUUCUGAAGUCUUCAAUAUUUCCAAACAAAAGGCAUGUGGCACAUGCUAGCAUUUUGGGUUGUAGUUCAAAAAAAAUGGUUGGUGGCGUUGAGCUAGGUCGGCGGUUCAUAGAAGUGCAAGUUGAUCAACCUAUUGAGGAAUGUGAGCACUUGAUUGACAGGGGCGGAGGAAGGGGCGCCGCCGGUGGAGAGGGCGAGGCCGAGGACGGCGUGGGGCUUGAGGGCCUGCGGCCUGGUGAGGCCGACGAGGUGGUCGUCCCCGACGCCGGCGGAGCUAGGGUUCGGGGAGACGGCGGGCGGCGCUGA